AUGGCUCCCGCAACUGUUGUCUGUAUAGGAAUGGCUGGAUCUGGAAAGACUACGUUUGUACAGAGAUUAAAUUCACAUCUUCAUUCAAAGAAAACUCCACCUUAUUUAAUCAAUUUAGAUCCUGCUGUACUCAAAGUACCUUACGGAGCUAAUAUCGAUAUAAGGGAUUCUGUUAAAUAUAAAAAGGUUAUGCAAGAAUAUAAUCUUGGUCCGAAUGGGGCAAUCGUGACAUCUUUAAACUUAUUUUCAACGAAAAUUGAUCAGGUCAUAAAGCUAGUUGAAAAGAGAUCGGAUAAAGUUCAACAUGUCAUCAUCGAUACACCUGGGCAAAUAGAAUGUUUCGUCUGGUCAGCAAGUGGUGCUAUAAUAAAUGAAGCGUUUGCUUCAACAUUUCCAACAGUUAUUGCUUAUAUAGUUGAUACACCCAGGAACACUUCUCCAACUACGUUCAUGUCGAAUAUGUUAUAUGCAUGUUCUAUUUUGUAUAAAACUAAGCUACCGAUGAUUGUUGUGUUUAACAAGACAGACGUGACUAAGGCCGAUUUUGCGAAAGAAUGGAUGCAAGACUUCGAAGCAUUUCAAAAUGCGUUAAAGAAUGAUCAAGAAUUGAGUGGCGAUGGUGGCUCUUCUGGUUACAUGAGCUCUUUGGUCAAUUCAAUGUCGCUUAUGCUUGAGGAGCUCUAUUCUCAAUUGGAUGUGGUUGGUGUAAGCUCUUAUAAUGGAGAAGGUUUCGAUGAUUUAUUGGAUUCAAUUGACAAUAAAGUUGAGGAAUACAACACAUAUUACAAAAGUGAAAGAGAUAGAAUAUUGAAGGAUAAAGAGGAACAAGAAAAGAGCCGCAAAGUUAAGUCUUUGGAUAGGUUAAUGAAUGAUUUGGAUAUGAACGAUCGGAAUAAAAAGACGGGAGGUGAUUCAGAGGUCUUGUCCGACUUUGAAAAUGAUAAUGAGAGCGAUGAUUACGAAGGCGAGGUAUUGAGAGAUGAAGAUGAACCAGAAAGAGAGUAUACAUUUCCUGAGAACAGGGAUUCAGAGGUGAAUAGCAGGACUGACGCAGAAUUACAAGCACGAUAUCAAGCUGCGUUUAAUUCUACAGCGAAAUCUGCAUCUUCAGAUACGGCGGAAAGAAUUGCUAAUUAUAUUAAGCGAUAG